GCCUAUACACUGCAUCAUGGUAGCUGUGGCACUGCUACUUGCGUACACGAGCAUCUUUAAACACUGUACUUCCUAUGUGAUUUGGACCUGUUGCUCAGCUUAUGAUGACCCCAAAGAUGCACAGCCAUCGUAAAAACAUGUAUGUCAUACAGAAUGCGUAGUGAAAGUUACACCGGACCAAUCGGAGCUACCUAAACAGUAAUGGAGGCCGCCGCGAGUCCAGCUCGACGGGAAGCUUUGCUUCACCGACAUGAUGGAGACUCUCCAAUCAUAAGCAUGAAGCGGCUUAUGCAGCAGCUUAUGGAGGAGCUGGAGGGCUUGCGGCAGCAGCAAAGCAUCCUCUUGCAGCAGCUUGCAGACCAAGGGAGGGAGGAGGACGAACACAGGGAAUGGGUCAAGCAGCGCCUGGACACGCUGGAGCACACAGUCCAGGAAGCCGCUGCAGCCGCGUCUGCCUCCGCGGCUUCCGCCUCCGCCGCUGCCGCGUCUGCGAGCUCCGCUGCCACCGCCGCAACCACCGCUGCCGCUGCUGCUGCCGCCGCCGCCUCGCCCCGAUCUCCCUCCAUCUCAGCCACUGGGAUGGCUGCCGUACAGCCUCUCGUCAGAAUGCCCUCCUUUGAGUUCACCCGCCUCGCCUGUUCUUCACUAAACGGCGGCGGCAGCCCCGGCGGGAGUCCCCCCGGAGACCUGGGUGCCCCUGCCGUACAACAUGAGCCUGUUGGCGGCGGCAGCAGUAGUAGCCCUGCUGCCGCUGUUGCUGCUCCUGCUGCUAGCACCAGCUCGAAUGGAGCUCCACCAGCUGCCGCUGUGGGCGGCUCCUGCGGUCCCGUUCGUGGGCGUUUCCGGCAGCCCUCUCCGCCCUCCAGUGACGAUGGCAGAGGAGACGUGGGCGGCGGUGGAGAGGGAGGCGCUGCGUUCCAAGCAGCGGGUGGUGUGGGUGACCCG